UUCCCGUUGUAAACACAUCGCUUGGGUGGUGGUGUGUCUGACAGUUAUAAAUAAUUAAAAACAACUUAUUUUUCAUUUUCAAACACCAUUUUUUGCACGCAGUUCACCGCUAAGAAUGAAGAAGUUUUUCGACGACAUCAAGAAGGAUAUAAAAUUCAAGUCAGCAGGGCCAGGAAAGAAACUUACAGAUGACACCAGCUCUAAACCUCAAGCGCCACAGGCUCCUCAAGGAGCGUCCAGAAAAGCGCCCACCGAUGGUGCGCAGAGAGCAGGGGCCGCUGCCCUCGCCAGGAUCGAGCAACAGCACCGGCCGAAGGUGCAAACGUCCCAAGAUGCCAUAAGGAUCCAGGUGAAGCGAGAGCUUGAAGCUGAGGCAGCUGCCACCGCAGCCAGUCUGAAGAACACUGAUGUGGAGGGCGCCUGUGUUCCACAGAAGGAUGCGUCUUGCUUCUCAGUGUCGGGCGUUUACUUCAUCUGUCCUCUUACUGGAAAAACCUUAACGAAGACUGAAAGAGAGAUCCACAUAAAGGAAGCCAUUCUGAUGAGGUUCUCAGAGGAUGCAAUGGAGGCCUCCAUUAUGAUGAUUCACACCUUUAACAAAGACAAAGAGAAAGUAAAAGCUGCCAUUGACAUCAUUAGCAAGUACAUCGAAAACAUCUGUAAGAAUCCGACUGAGGAAAAGUACAGGAAGAUCAAACUCAGCAACAAAGUGUUUCAGGAGAAGGUCAGGGGGAUCGAAGGAUCUCGGGAGUAUCUUCAGGCGUUGGGAUUUGAAAGUAAAACACUGCCGGUGGACGGCGAAGAUAAGACCGAGGAGUUCCUGGUUCUGCCGGCGCAGGAAUCAGAGUAUCUGGAGCAGAUGAAGGUUCAUCUGGAGCAGCUGCAGAAGGGCGAGCCGGUCAGGGCGAAGCUGGACCGUCAGCCGCAGGUCUUCAGAGCUUCACAGCACGCCACACACUUUGAGCUUCCUCCUGACUUCUACAAUCUCACCGCUGAGGAACUGAAGAGAGAACAGCAGCUGAAGAGUGAAAUUGUGGAGAGGAACGCGAUGCUCCGAACGAAAGCAAUGCGUGAGAAAGAUGAGCAGAGGGAGAGAAGAAAGUACAACUACGCGCUUCUGAGAGUGCGGUUACCGGAUGGAAAUAUACUCCAGGGUACUUUUCUGGCGUGGGAGAGGGUGGCAGCGCUGUACCAGUUUGUGCGUGAUUCCCUGGAGAACGGCUGGCAACCCUUUGAGCUGAUGGCACCCGGAGGACAAAAACUGAAGGAUGAUGAGGAACUGGCUCUGAACGAAUGCAACCUGGCCCCAGCAGCUCUGCUGACCUUCUCAUGGGACGCCGCAGUGCAGGCCGACAUCGCUGCAGCCGGAGGAAAGACUGCUGUUUUGCUUAAAGCUGCACUUUUAGAGAACAUCAAGACCCUGAGCUGAACAUUUAGUGUCGCUGCUGUCCCCGUCUGCGCUCUUAGUGAGUUUUUCUCCCAUCGUCCAACACCACAACCCCACACGGUUUCCACAGGAUGGACCUGAUGCAUUGAGUGUGUCCACAGCAUGUGCUAAGUGGACUUAUAUGGUGCUAAACGCAGGAGUUUUCCUGUCAGUGAUGUGUUAUGAGGAAUGUUUGCACCUUAUGGGCCAAUUUCCAAACAAUCUGUCCUAUUAUAAUGCAUUGUUGCUUGAGGUAACAUUACCAGUCAUUAUAUGAUGGGGGAAAACGCUCAGCUCUGUAAGAGUAAAUGUUGUAAUUUAAAGCACUUUUUAGUUACCGCUGAAAGAGAGAAAUGUUGACUUACCAUAAAAUCUUAUUGUGACGACAGAAGCACUGAGCAAACAUGAGCUCGAUCAAGUUCUGAUUGUCUUUUGUGUUGUAUUAAUGUUUUGUUUCCUGCUUAACACAAAUGAAACUUCGCAUGAAUGUAAUAACGCAGCUUCAAUUAGACGUAAAGCUCUGGUCACCAACAACAAUCUACCUCCUAAUGCAGAUAAAUGUCCAUUAGUUCAAGUUGUCUCCAUGACUUGUGUAAUAAAGCCCAAAGUAUGCUUUUCCCCCCAAAAUUCAGUCUUUUGCACUAAUUAGUUUGUCCACAAGUUGGCAACUAUGAAACCCCAAACAGGUUAUUGCAACUUUUUUAUAUAAACUCACAAUUCAGACUUUAUUCUUCAAAUUCUCAAAAUUGCAAUAAAGUCAAUCAACUUUCUCACAAAUGCAAGUUUGUCUCACAAUUCUGACUUUUUUCUCAGAACUGUGAGAUAUAGACUUGCAAUUCUAUUGCAAUUCAAAUGCGAGAUGAACUCGCAAUUCUGACUUUUUUUGCGAAUGGGAAUUUAUAUAUCGCAAUUCUGAUAUUUUUCUCAGAAUUGAGAGAUAUAAACUUGCAGUUCUAUGGCAAUUCAAUUGCAAUAUAUAAACUCAAUUUUGAGAAAAACUUUUUAUACCAGUUUGUAUCUCAGAAUUCUGACUUUUUUUCUCAAUUCAGUUGCAAGAUAUGUAAACUCACAAUUCUGACUUUUUUUUCUUAGAGUUACACAAUAUAAACACAAUUGCAAGAAAAAGUCAGAAUUUUGGGAUACAAAUGUGUAAUUCUGACUUUUUUCGCAAAUGGGUGGUUGUAUCUCACAAUUCAGAUGUUUUUUUCCCGCAAUUUGUCUUUUUCCACACAAUUGACUUUUUUCUCAGAAUUGAAUAGAAUAUAAACUCAAUUCUAUUGCAAUUCAGUUGCGAGAUAAAAACUCGCAAUUCUGACUUUCUUGUAAACGGGAGUUUGUAUCUCGCAAUUCUGAUAUUUUUCUUAGAAUUGGGAGAUUAACAAUUCUAUUGCAAUUCAAUUGCAAGAUAACUCGCAAUCGCGAGAAAAACGCAAUUCACUUUUUUUCCUUGCAAAUGCAAGUUUGUAUCUUGCAAUUCAGCCUUUUUUUCCCCCCUCGCAAUUUUUUUUUCCACGCAAUUCGGACUUUUUUCUCAAUUGUGAGAAACUCACAAUUCUAUUGCAAUUCAACUGCAAGAUAUAAACUCAAUUGCGAGAAAAAGUCAGAACUGCAAAAUGCGAGAUUUUGUCUUCUUUUUCUGUGCAAUUCUGACUUUAUUCUCAGAAUUGUGAGAAACUUGCAAUUCUGAUGUUUUUCUUAGAAUUACACGAUAUAAACACAAUUGCAAGAAAAAAAACCUUUCAAAAAAAUUCACUUUCUCUCAAAUGUUUUGUUUGUAUCUUGCAAUUCGGACAUUUUUUUCCUCACACUUGCGAGUUUAUAUCUCACAAUUCUGACUUUUUCUCACAAUUGUGUUAUAUAAACUUCACAUUUUUUUGUUAUAAAGUCCUAUUUUGAGUCCUAUAUUGAUCUUAAUUUAACCAAGGCCUAGUCCUGGCUUAAGCUAAGCCCUGUCUGACUUUCUAACUGCAAUUGCAAGUUUAUCAUAAUUCUGGGAAAAAAAGUCAGAAUUGUGAGAUUAUGGCAAUUACCUUUUUUUUACAUUUUUUAUUCAGUGGAAAAAAGGAGCUUCCAUAGGCAACACUGGCCUGGCUGUGAUGUGUAAGAUUUCCGAUCAUUAGCCACUAAAUGUAAACUAGAAGAAAAAUAGAAUGAGAGUGAAGAGCAGUAAACUGUAAAAAUGUUUGCACUAACAAACAACUGCAUUGAUGGUUAUGAUAAUGAAUUAAAAUAUGCUAAGUAUCAGUUUUAAAUAUUUAGCAGCGUAACAAGUCUUUUGUACAAGUAAAAUAAUUGGAAGUGACUGACACCAGAAGCCUUGCAUAUUUACAAAUAGUUAGGCUGGCUAAACGCUUGAUGAUCUAGUGUGCAUGUAUCGGGCAUCUGAUUUCCUGCACGCUAACAAACAAUAAAUAUAGUUUGAAAUCAGACCCCCACCUUAUUUUUAAACAGAAGCGAGCGAUUUCCUGUAAGUUUGCAAAACUUCUGCUUUAUUAGCUGCUACAGGUAAAUAACUGAAAUAUAACUGUAAAAAAAAAAAAUAAAUAAAAAAAAUUGCAGUACUAACCAAUGUUUAUAAUUCUGAAAAUAAAUAUAACCAAUAAUAUUAUAACACCAGCUUGUAAUGUCAUUGAGCAGAGUUUUUGUGAAGUGGCUUAUACCGGAAACCUUGCACAAUCAAGUUAAAAACGCACCCGAUUUAAUGUUAAAAAUCAAGGUGAAUACUUCGGGAAUUAGACUGAUUCAGUUGCAGAAUUGUCACAAGCUUAUUCCUUUAUUAAACCAUGCUAUAUUAAAAAUUAACAGUGCUUGUAUUUUACACACUACUUUGUCAAGUUCACAAUGUUGUGUUUUGUUGGGUUUGAUGUGACGUAUGAAAUAAAAUGCAUUGAUGAGAUGA